AUGCAAGCUGGGGGGUCCGAUACCGAUUCCCUCGACCCAAAUGACAUUCUCCAACUCCUUUUCACGCUUUCCGAGGAGGAUUGGCGUUCAUUCGCGGCGGAGUAUCUCCGCAAGUUGCCCUCUUGUUUGUCCUCCUUAGAACCGGAGGAGCAGCGGAUUAGCAUCGCCGAGGUGCUCUCCCGUUGGCCCCAGGAUAGCCCCCCGCCGCAACGUUACCCUGCCGAAGUCGAUCCCAGGGAAGUUUUGUCGAUUUUAAUUGCGCUUUCCGGCGCCGUCCGGCCCUACGCGUUGGGGGGCUAUUUAAUUUUGCUUUUUAAUUCCUAUCGCCAGGUGUUGUUUGCCAAUAUGCGGCGGCGGCUUAAAAAGAUCGCCGAAUGCUCCCUCUCCCCGCAAGAGAUACUUCGCGAGCGGGGCUCCGUCGAACUUUCGAUGUGUCCCUGGGCUCGGGAUAUCCUCGAGGGGUUCAACAAGGACCUCCUCCCCGGGGUGGUCCUUCGCGAUGCGAGUCCGCAGACCGUCGAGGCGGGCCCUUCCGUGGGGGAAUCCAUGGAGGAAUCCGCGGCGAAUCCCAUCGGCCCCUUGGAGAAUCGGGAAUUUAUUUUUCGUUUGAUGGUGGAUUUAGUUCAGGACUUGGCGGACUCCUCGAUGCGGCGCGAGGAGUGCGCGCGCGGGGCAGUGGCGGUGUACGGGGCGAUGUGGGGCUCGAUGACCCUCUGUCGCCCCCUCACCAUCGGCGGGGUUGCCGUUGGGGAGCGCAUUAAAGACGCCUACCGGGGCAUAAACAAUCAAACGGCCUCCACCGAUGCGUUAAAGGAAGUGAUCCUCCCUUCUGAGGGGUUUGUGGUUUCCUCGGAUGCGCGGGGGGGGCUUCGGGAAAAGAUAUUCAAACUACUAUGCGGGGUCUUGGAGGUCGAGAGCCCAGCGGAGGCUGUAUUGCUGCUCCUUUCCGACGAGGUAGAUUACCUUGACGCCGAGGACGAUGGCGAUCACUACAUCUUCAACGACUGGGAGGAGGGAAGCCGGCCACCCUUUUUCAAGACUUUGACGCUCUGGCAAGAGCGCGAGCGUACCCUCGAGCGGCUAAAGCUGUGGGACUUUUCGGAGGCCCCGAGGACCCCAACCCAUGGCAAUGAUAACACCACCCUGGUAAAUCUUGGGCUUUUUUACUUACUCAUCUCCUUCAUGACCUCCGGGAAGGAGGUCCCCCUGUUGAUCUCCAGCUCGCCUCUUUCGUUUUUUUUUACGAUCAGCCGUGUGCUUUCAAUCUCGCUAAAGUGCACUUCCGCGGCGGCCUUACUUGGGGUGCUGCUCUUCCUCGGAGAGUCCAUUCGGGGCAUCCCAAAGUACAGCAUCGAAUUUCUGGGCGAGCGACGUGAUCUCGCCCAUCCCAUGGAUCAAAUGGAAGCAUCAUCGAGUUAUCGCACCGAGCAGUACCGAAUUUUUUUCGAAAUCCUUAAACAGCUCGUGAGCAUCUCCGUCAUGUGUCCGAACCCUCUUCACCGCAAUCUAAGUCACUUUUUAACGCUGGAAGUCCUAAAAUGCAUGGCGGAAUCGGCCCGGAUUUCGACACAUCUGAGGAUGCUUUUAUUGGCCCCUUUUGGGUCGGUCGCGCGCGUGCUUUUGGAUAGCCUCUUGAAGGAAUGGGACCUUUCGCCAAAGGCAACCCACGCGGCGAUUUCCACCUCUUUGCGAAGUGAUAUGCCACGUGGCCUUGUCAAUGCGAUGCUCGCCUUUAUACAAAACAUUAAAACCGGAAAGUCCGAGUUUAUCGAUCCCCUCAUCGUCGCACUGAACUUCUUUCGCCUUUUUAUCGUCCGAGAUCGAUCCGCGGGAAAAAUGAGGCUGCUGGUCUACGACAACCGCAAUAAGCUCAUCCUUACGGAGGAUUGCGUGGAUGCGAAGCAGACUAAAGAGAGUAAUUCGUGGCCGUGGGCCAUUCGCAAUCUUGAGAAAACUAUACUGCCCAAUUCCCGGCAAUGUCUCUCUCGCAUGGGAAGAAAUUCAGCACAAAAAAGGUCUGAUCAUCAGAAAAUUUUCUCCUCCGUCAUCCUCUCGCCGCUGGAGGAAUUCGCGCUUUCUUCUGCGGUUGAUGGCGUAUCCGCCUUGUUGACGGGGGACGAGAAACCCGGGGCCAAAACAAUCAACUGA